AAAAAUCAUAUACGUAAUCAAAUCCACGGUCAAGUUCAGUCAUGAAGUUCCUUGUAGCUCUCAUAGCGUGUAUAGCGUUGUGUGCUGGCAAUGCUAUUCCUCUGGUUCCCGGUGAUAAUAGUCACUACGUAAAGGGUGAGAGUCGCUACAUCUGGAUGCAGGAUGAGGAGGGCGUGCCGCAACUGGUAGACCUGGAAGAGCAAGUGGAUAAGUCUUUGCUGAAUUCCCGAAAUGGAGCCGAUAAUCAAUAUUGGCUUUAUACCAGACAAAACCCAAAUAAUGCUCAAAUUUUGGUAGAUGGCAAUGCUAACUCCGUUUGGAACUCUAACUAUGACGGUAGCAGACCUUUAAAAGUUGUUGUCCAUGGAUGGAACGGCAGUGGAAAUUCAGGAGUGAAUUCUCUUACUGCGUCGGCAUUCCUUGCAGUCCAAGAUGUGAACGUCAUUGUAUUGGACUGGCGUACUGUUGCUAGUUUGAAUUAUGUACUUGCUGUUAGUGGUGUUCCUGGGGUUGGACGAUUCCUAGGCGAUUUUAUUGAAUGGCUCAUCAACACGGCUGGUGGUGAUUGGAACAAUGUGCAUUUAAUCGGAUAUAGUUUGGGCGCUCAUGUCGUUGGUAAUGCGGGCAGACAGACUGGGGGACGACCGGCUCGAGUUACUGGUUUGGAUCCUGCCGGUCCACUCUGGAUUGGAAAUCCCAAUGCUUUAAACAGUAAUUCUGGACAAUACGUUGAGGCCAUUCAUACUGAUGGUGGCCUACAAGGUAUAUUAAUUCCUAUCGCGGACGCUGACUUUUAUCCCAAUGGCGGAAGAAACCCUCAGCCUGGUUGCUCGAGUAGCGCGUGCUCUCAUGCUCGUGCGCCCGAAUUCUUUGCAUCCAGUGUGCGCACGAAUCACUUCCAAGGCAGGUUAUGUGAAAACUUCAACCAGGCACAGGAUGUGCAGUGCAGCGGCAGUAUUUUGAAUAUGGGCAACGGCAUCGUGACUAAGCGAGGCUCCGGCAUUUAUGGUCUGACCACAGGAAGUUCGUGGCCUUUUUAAUAAAAUAAAUAUUCGUUGAUGAAUCGUAA